AUAGGGAGACCUCAUUCUGACAAAAAGACUUGACAUUUUCUUACAGUACGCUACUACUGUUGAUAUGGAAGCGUUCCUCAUACUUCACCUCAACGGAGAUUUAUGGUAUUUACACAGUGAAAUCAUUGCAUUUUAUCACCCCAUUUAACAGUGUAAUAUUUGAUAACACCAGUAAGAGAUUCUGCACGGCGCCCUCCCCCGGCAUCUGAACGGAAUCGCAGCGGACCUGUAUACUCCGCUCUCUGACUCCUCCGGUCUCAUUCUCUCUAGAAGAUGGCGGACUGCGCUUCACUGUUGGAUGAGGAGCUCUCUUCCUUUGUCUUCAAUUACCUGACAGAAAACUCCGGGAGCCAGUAUGGGGAGGAGGAGGUCUGUUCGGACCGCCUGGACGCAGACUUCCCUGACAUCGACCUCUCUCAACUGGACGCCAGCGACUUCAACUGCCUUAGCGAGCUGCACUGGUGCUCAGAGCAGUCGGGCAGCUCCCCGUCCUCCAGCCAGUACAACACAGGAGACCCAGAGUUCUUUGAGAUAGAAGAGGAGAAUGCAGCCCUGCUGGCGGCGCUCACAGACAGCCUGGACGGCAUGGUGGAGGACGAGGUGGGGGGUCUGUCCGUGUUCCCCUCCCUGGCAGACGGCCCUGAAGACGAGGACGAGGACGAGGAGGACAGGCGGGACCAGUUUUGCCAGCGGCGCCCACUAGUGGCCACAGAGCUGCUGGGCGGCUCGCCCGGGUCCGAGCCUGAAGACUCGUCUCUAUUAAAGAAGCUUCUGCUCACCCCCCCAAACGUGCCUGUGGGCCUCGACUCUCAAAAAGAGGCCAGUUUCCAUCGCCAUAGCAGCCGCAACCACCACCUCAAGCCUGUGAGGCCUCCCUUUAAGACUGCAAACAGCACAGGCUCUAAAGAGCGCAGGCCUCGGGCGGUGCGCCCAGCUGGCCGUCUCUGCACAGAACUGCACCGUCACCUGACCACAGACCGACAGGAUCCCGACACGGAGGAGGAGGAGGAGGAGGAGGAGGAGGAGGUGGUGGCCGAGGAGGACGAGGACGAGGACAGUGAGUCUGAGGAGGAGGAUGGAGAUGAAGAGGAGGAGGAGGAAGAAGAGGAGGAGGAGGAGUCCUCCAGCAGCGAGGGCGAGAGCUGCACCCCUGCGGUCCCCUUCGGCCCCCCCGCGCCCCCUCCCAAACCGCAGUUCUCGUCCGAGCGGGAGAUGCACUCGGUGGUGGAGCUGGUGAAGUACAUGCACACCUACUGCCUCCCCAUGCGCAAGCAGGCCAGCUGGGACCGCAAGGAGCGCGACGCCGCAGCCCGCCGGGCCACAUCCUCCGCUGCCGCCGCCCAGCGGGGCACCGCCAACUGCCACAGACCCGCCGCCGCUGCGGCUAGCGCCAGUCACCAUGGCAACAGCGGUGUGGCGCCGCGGCCGCGGCGGGCGUUCACGCGGCAGCGCGAGGUCAGGGCGUACUCGCUCCUGAAGGACCUGCUGGUGGCCGCCAACCCACCGGACGUCAGCAAGCCCUACCGCGUCCACAGCCCCCCUUACUGCCCAGGCGGCGAAAAGACUGACGGUGCUGCCGGCACGCGGCAACAGGCCCCGCCCGCGGCCCCCGCUCCUGCCUCCUCCUCCGCCUCCCCGCAGGCCUCCCGGAAAAGCCUGGAGCUGGAGUUGGAGCUGAUGCAGGAGGAGGCCGAGCUGGAUGACUCCUUCUCGGUGCGUCGGUCCCGGCGACUCGCCUCCUUCCCCAGCCGCUUCGCCAAGAGGUCGCGACCCAACCGGGUCAUGCCCAUCCCCAGCCCCGCACCCACAGCCAGCUCCUCUCUUACCCACAAUUCCCCACAGAUCUCCAUGGAAACGGCCACGGGGCAGAAGGACUGCUGCAGCAGCCCCGACUGCAGGGGCAGGUCGCUCGGUGACAACGAGAACAGAUCCUGCCUCUGCCUUCCGCUCAUUCCCAAAUCCACAGGAGACUCACAGUAUGCCAACAAGCCGUUUGAGUCUACACUCAGCGUGGAGCUUUGUGGCACAGCAGGCCUGACUCCUCCCACCACACCCCCUCAUAAGUCUGUGGAGGAGGAGCUCUUUAAGCCCGAGGUGAAGGGGGCGGAGUUGCUUUCGCCGUCGCCGCCCUCCCGGGGCUUCCUGUCUCGGCCGCACGCGCGGAAGCUUCCGGAGCAGACGGAGCUGUACGCGCAGCUCCAGCGCAUGGGCCAGGCCGGCCACGCGCAGCUCCGCCCCGGUGCGCUGCGUUCCUACGGCGACCACGACUACUGCCUGCUCAACCUGGCCGAGAGUCGCAAGCGCCCCGCCUCCACCGCCCUCCUGACCCCCACCACCCCCCCGGGCCCCGGAGAGGGGGACGAGGAGCAGGAGGGCCCGGAAGGCGACCGGCUCUGCCCCAAACUGACCCUGAUGCCCCCGAAGUGCGAGGAGGAGGGCCGGCGGGCAGGCUGCUCGUCUCCUCCCCAGGCGCUGUCGGCACGGAACGUGGACGAGGACAUGGCGCCGUUCCCACCCCGCUCGCCGUCUCCCGGCAACGUGCAUCCCUCCGCCCCCUGCUGUGAGCCCCUCUCCACCGGCAGCAAAGUCAGCUACAGCUGUGAGAACUCUGAGACUUGCCACGGAGACAAACAGCGGAACAUUUUGAAGGCCGUACAGCAGAACGACGAUGAGUGCCGUGUGUUCUACAUUCACAACCUGCCCAGCAGUGUCACCCAGAGCAUGCUGCGCAAGCGUUUCGAGGCCUUCGGUGACCCUGAGGAUUGCAGAGUGGUCAUCAAAAGCGACAGGGAACGCUACGGGGUCAUCACCUUCAGGAAGGGACAGAACGGCGGUUCUCAGCGGCACCGCUCAGGUUUCCAGAGCGGAGGCAGCGGGUCGCGCCGGAUCAGCCGGAAGCGCUACAUAGACCUGGAUGAGGCGGGUCCUGGGCCAGUGAAGAGCAAGUACGACUCUAUGGACUUUGACACCCUUCUGAAGGAGGCUCAGAAGAGCCUGCAUCGCUGACACGCCUUAUUCACUCGUCCACUCGUUCACUCGAUCACUAAAGCCCCAGUUUCCUGUUCCUCCUUCUGACAGCCUCCACUGGCCUCAGUACCUCAAGCAAGGCACCUCUUAAUGUUUACAUUUUCAACAUUGGAAUAAGAAGCAGACCUUAGCUCUUUCUACUGAGGACUCUUCUAAGGAACACGAGGGCUGGAGAUGUGGGGGGGGGGGGAAAGAGAGAGAAUAACAAACAAACAAACAAA